CACUUCUACUACACACCCAACGGUGACAAGUUGCAAACGCUUUUAGUUACGCGCCUGUCUCUCGACUCCUCAUUCAGACCAAGCAAGAGGCCUCAUUCGUCUAACAUAAGUUCGCAGCCUUGUAUGCAAGCACUGAAGCGGUUUAUCGUAUUCGCUGCAGCAGGCGCUGCCUGGCCUCGGCAUGAGUAGCUGACCCUCGUCUUCCUUCCUUUCCCUUCGACAUGGAGGACGACCCGCAAGAUGUGUCCAUGUCAGAUGGCGAAGUAAUCCGCUCGACUGAGACGCAUGGGUCAUUACUUGCGCAAAGUGGCGGCGAUUUUACUGGCAAGCAAGCCAUUGGAAGCUUCCACGCCGAGGAGCCAUUACUACGACCUCCACAUGCCGACACUUUGCUGAAGGGCAAGGGAAUACGCCGUGGAUCUAAUGCCUUCGACCAUCAGCUCUUCGCUCGGAAGGAUGGUCCUAAGCCGGCCAAGUUCGAACAGCUGCCAUAUGGCACAUUGCAGACGGGUCUUGUUUACGAUGUACGAAUGAGAUUUCAUGUUGAGGCGGAGCCAUCUGAGGAUGACUUACAUCCCGAAGAUCCGAGGCGCAUUCAUGCCAUCUUCGAGGCGUUCGUUAAUGCCGGACUUGCAUGGCGAGAUGGAGACUCAGGCCCUGCGAACGAUUACUACAUGGGCCGAAUCGAUGCGCGCAUGGUAACGCGCGACGAAGUGUGUCUCGUGCACACUAGAAACCACUGGAAUUGGGUCCAAUCGCUCAGUGUUAUGAGCUCGGCAGACCUAAAAGACGAACUUCAGCAUCCACCGCAUGGGAACGACUCAAUAUAUCUAUCCAACAGUACGCCAUACUGCGCUGCUCUCAGUGCUGGAGGUGCAAUCGAGGCCUGUCGUGCCAUCAUACUUGGCAAGGUGAAGAACGUCUUUGCUGUCAUCAGACCCCCUGGGCAUCACGCUGAGCGUGAAGAUGCCAAGGGCUUCUGCUUUUAUGACAACGUCAGUAUUGCUACCAAGGCCUGUCAAAAGGAGUUUGGAGAUCAGUGUCGCAAGGUUCUCAUUCUGGACUGGGACGUGCAUCACGGCAACGGAAUCCAGCAAGCCAACUACGACGACCCAAACGUGCUCUAUAUCUCCCUACAUGUGCACAAGAGAGGUAAUUUCUAUCCUGAGCACAGCUAUCGAGAUAAUCGUGUAGCAUACGGUGACCACCUUCACUGCGGGGAAGGGGCUGGUCUGGGAAAGAAUGUAAACAUUCCAUGGUCAAGGCAGGGCAUGGGUGAUGCAGACUAUCUCUACGCUUUCCAGCAGGUCGUCAUGCCAAUCGCCACCGAGUUCAAUCCCGAUCUUGUUAUCAUCGCGGCCGGGUUCGAUGCUGCGGAGGGCGACAUGCUGGGUGGUUGCAAAGUCACACCAGCCGGAUAUGCGCAUAUGACACAUAUGCUCAUGUCUUUGGCAGAUGGCAAGCUCGCUGUAUGUCUCGAGGGUGGCUACAACUUGGAAUCCAUCGCAAGAUCAGCGACAGCCGUUGCACGUACCCUUAUGGGAGAGCCACCGGACAGGCUUGAGAAUACCGUGGCUACAGUGUCCGGCAUCGAUGAUGUUAAGCUUGUCGCCCGACAACAGAGCAGAUUCUGGACAUGCCUGUAUCCGAAGGACAUGUCACAUCGUCUCAAGGGCCUACUUCGUGGCGAACGCAUGCACAAUGUAGUCCGCGGAUGGCAAGCGAAGACUAUGUGGGACGAAUACGAGAUGACGCCCCUGUUCGUGCACCGCGAACAACUGGCCAAAGAGUUCGAGGACCAAGUUCUUGCUACGCCCAACUAUAGCACAGCACAGGCUUUGUUUGUUGUGCUACAUGAUCCGCCUGAAGUUCUGGCAUCACCAGAUCCAAGGACGGGCAAGAUCGAGCUUCACAACACAUGGCUGACUGAUAUUGUAAAGACCUACGUCGACACCGCGUUCAAAGAAGGCCUCGCUGUAAUUGAUGUCAACUUGCCCAAAUACGUGGUUGACUACGACGAAGAUUCGCAAGAGCACCAGCCCAAUGAGAGCAUUGACUACCGCAUCAAGGAAGCGUCACAGUUGCUCAAAUACCUAUGGGACAACUACGUCGAGCUCAGCGAAUGCACCCACGUGUACCUUAUGGGCACGAACACCGGCCAUGGCGCGAUCAUCAAUCUCCUCAAGAACAAUCAAGAGACGUUCUUGAAGAAGUACAACGAUCGCGAAGAAGACAACAAACUGUUGAAGGUCAUCUCGUUCGUUGAGGACGUCCCGCUUAUGUCGUGUAAGUCGCUCGUCAACGGAGACGAGGAAUUGGCCCAUUGGUAUCACCGAAACUCCCUGGUUUUUGUCGGCAGCGAGCAUGCGUAUUUUGCAAGCGACUUUGCACGCAAACCUAAGCGGCGAUUUGGCCAGGUCGUCAAGAGCGAUUCCAAUACCAUCACCGAAAUGUUGCUGCAACACAAGGAUGCGGUUUUUGAUAUUCUUCUUGAAGAUGCCGAGGAGUGGAGAAGCGCUCAGCAUGAGAACGGAGCAGAUGAGAUGGAUGCUGUGCCUUCACCGCUUGCGAGCCCGAGGAAAUUGCCUUCGGUGGCAUUGUCUCCGACCAACACUGCAGCGGUGCCAGUCUUCUCGCGGCCGGUGGUGGAAAAUGGGAACGGAAGUCCGCGCAGACUGCCGCAAUAGGAUGCGGUCGUUCGCAGCAUUGAAACUUCUGAGCCAGUUGGAGUGGGUCGACAAGGCUUUUCAUGGGAAUGGCGAGAAGAGCGCGGAUGAGAUGGGAAUUACGGGCACGACCACAAAGUGGAGGUAGAAUGUCAACGACACGGUGUGACAUUCGAUCGUCGCUGCCGCUAGUUGCUGUACUAUAUACCCUUCAGAGGCUUGACGAUGAACAUUAACAACGAGAAAGCAAUUGGUCACACCCGCUCCUGGUCAUCAUGCUUCAGCAC